AUGACCAUAGCAUGUGGUUUCUCUCGCUUCCUCAACACGCGCGUGCAUUCCUCCACAAAUCGCGUCCUCAGCCUCUGGUUCGCCUCCUGUCCCUGCUCCUCCGCCUCCGCCUCCGCCUUCGCCUCGGAGCCGCCGGAGAUAGCCGCGGGCCCGGAGACCGUCAGGGAAGGGCGGGCGGAGAUAUUCGCGGACAAGUCCAAUUCGGUCUUCUUCAACAAGGCUCAGGUUAACAACAGAGACCUUUCCAUUGCUGUUUUGAGAUGGUUUAUUUCGAAAAGACAGGAAGAGCAUGAUACCCAAUUAAAAGGCAGGCGUGCUGAGAUACCAGCGGAGCAGCAUGCCGAUGGAUUAGACACUGCUACCACAGGUUCUGAAGACACUGCAUUGAGAGAGGAAUCGAGCCUUAAAGCACCUAAAGUUCUUGAGGCUUUGGCUGCAUCAGGAUUAAGAGCUAUCCGAUAUGCACUUGAGGUGGAUGGAAUUGGGGAAGUUAUAGCUCUUGACAAUAAUGAAGUUGCUAUAGAAUCCUGUAAGAGAAAUAUCUAUCACAAUGGCAUUCUUGCAUCUUCGAAGGUGGUGUCACAUCUUGCUGACGCUCGCAUUUACAUGCUCACUCACCCUAAAGAAUUUGAUGUGGUUGAUCUUGAUCCUUAUGGAUCACCAGCUGCAUUCCUUGAUUCAGCAGUUCAAUGUGUUGCAGAUGGUGGUAUCUUGAUGUGCUCAGCUACAGACAUGGCAGUCCUUGCUGGGGGCAAUGCAGAAGUUUGCUUUUCCAAAUAUGGUUCUUAUCCAGUAAGAGGCAAAUACCGCCAUGAGAUGGCCUUGAGGAUUCUUCUUGCCUGCAUCGAGUCACAUGCGAUCCGCCACAAGCGCUAUAUAGUUCCUGUCAUAUCAGUGCACAUGGAUUUCUACAUUAGGGUUUUUGUGCGAAUCUUCACGUCGGCUAGCACGGUGAAAAGCUCACCUCUCAAAUUUUCACAUGUAUAUCAAUGUGUUGGUUGCAAUUCAUUUCACUUACAAAAUGUUGGAAGAAUAAACUCAAAGGAUAAGAGGAAUAUUCCUCUACCAAAUUUUUGCCCUAUUGUGCCUCAAGAGUGUUCGGAAUGUGGCGGUAAAUUUGUUAUGGGGGGGCCUAUAUGGAGUGAUCCAAUACAUGACAGGGAUUGGGCUGCUUCCAUUUUAUCAAAUAUCCGAGCAACUAGUGGUUUAUAUCAAGCUUAUGCAAAAAUUUCAGCUAUACUAACGUCAGUAUCAGAGGAAUUGCCCAAUGCACCUUUAUUCGUCAGUCUUCACAGUAUAUGUGCAACAUUGAAGUGCACUAAUCCAACCAUGGUUAUGUUUCAUUCGGCUAUAAGAAAUGCUGGGUAUCAAAUAUCAGGUAGCCAUGCGGAUCCGCUAGCUCUGAAAACAGAUGCGCCAAUGUCUGUAAUUUGGGACAUCAUGCGAUGUUGGGUCAAGCUUCACCCGGUAAAAUCUCAACCUGAGAAUCUUCCAGGUAGCAGGAUACUUUCCCAAGAGCCUCAAUUGCAGGCAUCGUUCUCUCAAGCAACCGGGGGUUUAGUUGCACGGAAGAGCCCGAGAUUUCUACCUAAUCCUGAAAAACACUGGGGUCCUAAGAUGAAGGCCGGUAGACCACUGAAGAUACUUCCCAUUGACAAAUUCCGUGUCCACGCUUGCUCCCCUGUGCGGCAAGUUUCUGCUGAUCCCACAAUGUGA